GUCUCUACUGACCCUCACAUUACCUAGCAACCCCAGUGGAACUCUGCUCGUUACCUGGCAACCCCAGCCAAGUUCCAGCAUAUUUGACUGUACAAUGGCUGCUGGAAAAGACAAGUGUUUUGUUGUUGAUUUACCACCCAGAAACCACUUGUUGGAUUAUUGUUGGUUGUGCAGGAGGCUCCACUUUUGCUUUUCAAAGUUAAUAAUAAGGCAUAAUUGCGCAUCUAUUUGCAGCCAAUUUCACAUGUGAGCAUAAACGUUGAGUUGGAGGGCGUGGCCAGCAGCAAUUUAUUUGGAAAACAGUUUGGCAAAGAAGAGGGAAAAUAACUUGAUAUGUUUUCCUGUAAACCUGACCUUUGACCUAACUAGAUUUAAAGUAAUACAUAUUUUAAAUACUUGUUUGAAUAAUUGAGAAGCAUCUUUUGGAGCUAACAUGUAAAUAGACUCUAGUACAUGUACAUGAUCUGUUUAUAGUGUACUUUAAAGAAUAACUUUGAGCAUUGAUUUAAUUUUUCUGCAACCUCUAAAAUGUACAGUUUUAAAGACGUAAUAGCAGUUUAUUGAUGUUGACCUUUGUUAUUUUUUGUGUAUAAUGUAAAUAUUUUCUAGGCAGAAGCUUUUCUUCAAAUGAAUAUUUUUAUAUCCCGUGUCAUGGAGUUUUUUUCUAAAUAAAUUUUAUGUUUUUACAAGUUUUGAAUUGAAUUCUUAAUGAAUAUUGUGGUAUUUUUAACAUAUUUUACCACUUUGUACUGGUUCUGGGAAGUAUCAAGAUCGUAGAUUGUGAAACAAAUUGCCUUUGCACGUCAGAACUGCUCCUUCUGUCAACUUUCAACUCUGUUAAAACUGUUUCAUUGUGUCUGAAAUGAGAUCUGUAAUCAUCUUAUGCUGUCUAUUCAUUUGCAUUCAGACGAGGAGGUUUAAAGCCCAAAUCUUAAAGCAUGUUCUGACAUCUAGUGGUCGGAACAGAGUACUGCAGAUGCAGAGCAUUGGACAGAACAUUCAAUUUGAGAUUAGCAAUAAAAUCUUUUCUUGCCACAGCCUCAAGAACAUAGCAGGAUGUGAUAAACUGUGUUUUGAAAUAUUUUAUUCAGCUUUUAAUUUAUAUUUUAAACAUGAGGAAAUUAGGCUUGUUACCAGAAGUUCAUUUGUAGUCAUAAUGGGCAUGAACAGAAUUAAUUCAGGAUUAAUUUGAGGCCUUUUCAUGUUGGACUGGUUGUGCAUAUUUUUUCAAAUCAAUAUUUUAGUCAAGAAAGUUGAUUUCUUUGUGGAUUUUCUCUAAUUCUCUGAAGGUCCAAAGCAAAAAAGACCCUCAGCAUGACGCUACCACCACUUUGUUUCAGUAUUCUCAGAUGCUAAGGCUUGCAUUUGACUUUACAUCUUAUUAAUCUUCAAUCUUUAAUGCAAUAUAAGGGCUAAAUCUAACCCUAACCAUAACCCUAACCCUAACCCUGAAAAAGGAAGAAAUAAUCCAUAAUUGAUGUGCUGUUAAAACCAAACCACAAAACCAGACAAAACAAACUGAUUUCAUAUUUCAUAAAAUAAAGAACUCUUUAACAUCGCAUGUAGACAAUUUCCAUAUGAUGUUCAGCAUAAUUUGUGCAAAACUAAUCUUGCUUGUGGAUCUUAGGUUCCUUUUUAAUACAGUUUGUUUCACUUUUUCGUAUCUCAUGAAACAUUCAACCAAUGUGGUUUCCUGCAAAAAAAAAUCCCCACCAUGAAUGUUAUAAAGCAGGAAGUGUCUGGGCCAUGUGGGGCAUAUUUCUGUUUGUCUAAAAGCUGAACACCGACACCAAGAGGAGGAACUCUCCUCUCAGCACUGCCAACGAAUAAUGGAUCCCACAUCUUGUUUUGGAGUCAACUUUAAGUUUCCGCUGAGUUUCCUGCCUCCUGUCUUCAUCUUGGUGUUCGUUUUUGGACUUAUAGCGAACGGAUGGGGACUUAACUCUUUGUGGCGCAACUGGAAGAAACUGGGGAACGUCAAUGUCUUCAUCCUCAACCUUGGAAUUGCAGAUAUUUUGUAUCUGCUCACGCUUCCUUUUCUGGUCGCGUACUACCUUAACGAUAGAAAAUGGAUCUUUGGAGAAGCUUUCUGCAAGGUGACAAGGUUCUGCUUCAACCUGAAUUUAUACUGCAGCAUUGGGUUUCUCACCUGUAUCAGCGUGUACCGCUACCUGGCCAUCGUCCAUCCGAUGAAAGUGCAGGGGAGACUAACUGUGACUCACUCGGUCAUCAUCUCAGCCAUUGUUUGGAUUUUAGUAAGCCUUCAAAGCCUACCAGACAUGUUCUUCCCCAAAAACUCUGCAAACAUGACUUUAAACAUGACUUUACAAUGUGUUGAUACAACCGUGAUUGAGUAUGUUGAGGACUACCUGCAGUACAGCCUCAUCUGGACAAUCAUUGGAUUCUGCAUCCCGUCUCUCAUCACGGUGGCCUGCUACGGACAUGUGAUCGUCCUCCUCUGCUACAAGGAUAAUAUUGACAAAGUCCUGAAGCAAAGAAGCUUAAAACUAUUAAUUAUCUUGAUUCUUCUCUUCUCCAUCUGCUACAUUCCCUACCAUGUGCUGAAGAACUUCAACCUCUGGUCAAGAGUUCUUUCCAAACAGAAAAUAUGCUACAAAUGGUCUAAUGGAGUCUACAUCGCUCAACGCAUAUGUCGCGGCCUUGUUUGCCUGAAUGGUGCUCUCAACCCUCUGGUUUAUCUCCAUGUAGACGAGGAUAUCUCUGCUCAGUUCAGGCAGUUGUGUCAGCGGACUCGGCAAGCUGCAUCUCAGCUCUCUGCAAAUACCCAAACUCUUUUCUCAAGCACAUUCAGGAAUACAUGAGCUAAUUCCUGAUGUAUCUAUGGGUUUAAAUUGUGUUUGUUAUAUGUUUCUAUGGAAAUUACACAUUAAAAAUAUUUAGUAGAUUGUGUGUGGUUUGUGGUGGCAGUGCUAAAUGCAUUGUUUAUUCAAGUGAAAAGCUUAACUGAUGUGUAAAAAACAGGAUGCAGAAGGUUUGAAAUAAAAUGGCUGAAUCAAAUCUGUUGCACAUAAAAGACAUUUGCAACUCA